AUGUGCUGGGUGGCAUGGGACAAACUUACUAAACCUAAGGCAGGAGGAGGUUUGGGUCUGAAGGACAUCCAGUUAUUCAACCAAGCCCUCUUAGCUAAACAGGCAUGGCGUAUACUGACUAAUCCCGAAUGCUUACUAGCUAGAGUGUUGCUAGGAAAAUAUUGUCACAACAAGUCAUUUAUGGAAGUGACAGUCCCUACGGUCUGCUCUCAUGGCUGGAGAAGUAUUUUACAUGGUAGAGACCUCCUAAGAGGUAACAUAAGCAAGGUGAUAGGAAACAGACUCUCAACCAAAAUAUGGAAAGACUCCUGGAUUGCAUUGGACAAGGACAUCAGACCUUUUGGACCUAUUCCAGAACCAGCUCUAGACCUAACAGUCUCUGAUCUCCUAACGUCGGAUAUGAAGUGGAAUAAGAGUAGAGUAGAGCAAUUGCUACCUCAGAUGGCUAUGGAAAUCCAGAUGCUUCAACCAGGCAAUACAAAUACAGAGGAUAUCUUUGCUUGGCAGCCACUCCAAUCUGGAAAGUACACAACUAAAUCAGGGUACUACACAGCAUCAAUGAGGAAAACACAACGAGAAGAUAUUUCUGACUCCUUUGAUUGGAUCAAGGAUAUUUGGACGGUGAAGUGCUCACCUAAGGUUAAGUUGUUCUUAUGGUCGAUUGCUCAAGAAGCCCUUCCCUUGGGAGAAGCUCUGCAACGUCGUGGAAUCCAAGCAGAGGCCCUGUGCGUCAAAUGUAAGGAAAGAGAAUCAGCAAUGCAUACAUUUUUUAGUUGUUCUUUUGCAGUGGAAGUCUGGAAAUCAAUACCUCUGAAACAAGUAGUUCACCUAGCUACGGGGUGUGAUUUUAAAAGGGCAGUGGUGGCGUUUCGAAACACCAUCUGCCUCCCGCCAUCAGGUAUAACAACAUCAAUCCUCCCUUGGGUAUGUUGGGCUCUCUGGGUAGCACGCAACACUCAUAUCUUUGAGAAGAAGAUCUUCACACCUACAGAGGUUGCAACAAAAGCCUUAAGAUUAGCAAGAGAGUGGAUUAAUGCGCAACCGUCUCAGCCGGAAAAAAAUAGUGCUCUUUCGACUCCAUUAAGAUCAAAUCGAUCAGGGCUAGAGAUGGAAUCAUUACCAGUAUGCAAAUCAGACGCGGCCUUUCAUCAACAGUCGAAUCGAGCAGGGCUCGCAUGGAUCAUCCGCGACGCCUCGGGGAAUCCGCUACAGCAAGGAUCCAUGACCCACGAACUCGUUAACUCUCCUCUGGUAGCGGAAGCGCUAGCUCUCCGUGCCGGACUUAUCUCCGCAGUGACUCUCGAGCUUCCGAAGCUCAAGAUGCUCUCUGACAACGCAACGCUCAUCCGAGCUAUCAACAACGACGCACAGAUCAAGAAAAUUUAUGGUAUCGUCAAGGAUAUACAGCAAAUUUCCUCUGUGUUUGUCGAGAUUACCUUCAAUCACGUCCCUCGAUCUUUCAACGGGGAAGCCGAUUGUCUCGCUAAACUAUCUCUCUAUCAUUCAGUUUCGUCUGUAACAAACCCUUAA